AUGAAACUAAAAUUCUUUCAAUUUUUGGGGGAGUUUUUGAGGUCAUAUGGUGGUUACCUUCUUUAUCAUGCUUCGAAUAUUGGGCAACUGAUCUGCUCUGCUUUAGCUUUCCAACGGACCCUGAAUUCCCCUUCCUUCGGAGGUGGAUACGAUCGUCACAUCACAAUUUUCUCACCCGAAGCUCGUCUUUUUCAAGUUGAAUAUGCAUUUAAGGCUGUCAAGGCUGCUGGAAUUACUUCUAUUGGCGUUCGCGGUAAAGAUUCAGUUUGUGUUGUGACCCAAAACAAGGUUCCGGACAAACUUCUGUAUCAAUCAAGUGUCUCACAUCUUGUCCCUAUCACAAAGUACCUAGGGUUGUUAGCAACAGGCGUGACAGCUGAUGCCAGAACAUUGGUUCAGCAAGCAAGGAAUGAAGCAGCCGAGAUUCGUUUUAGAUAUGGAUAUGAGAUGCCGGUGGAUGUAUCAGCUAAAUGUGCAAUGGGUGCUGAAGCUUGUUAUUCCUGUGGAUUGCUGUGUGCUUACACAUUAGUUGCCAUUGGAUACCAUGAGCUUACCUUCGCUGGUCUCUCAAAGAUGUCAAAAUAGAGUGCAUUUUUUCAUCACACAAUGUCAGACGGUUUCCCCCCCAAUGUGUUUAGGCUAGGAGUGGUGGAUUAAAAGAGCUGGAAUCAAUCAAUUUCUUGGAAAAGAAAAAGAACCGUCCGGAGUUGACCUAUGAAGAAACAGUACAGGUGGAUGUGCUUUCUUUGAAACUUCACAUGAUACUAAUGCAUAGAAAAACCCAACACUAUAAUGAGAUAGUAUUGUUCCUUGCUGGGAAAUGCAAGCAAUAAAGGGGUAGGAUUGGGUGACAGCAAAUUAGAUGUAUCAAUCAUUGACUUGUCUCUCUCUCUCUCUCUAGACUCUUCUCCUUCAAAUUUCCCAACCACUUUCAUCUGCAGACACAGAGGCAGUGGCUGUGGGUGUAGGAGAAAUAAAUCCCAAGACAGUGCUUUCCCCUUCUCAAAUGGUUUUCAUGUCAGACCAAGAAUCUGGGGAAGAAGGAGAGUGG